CGAGCUCACACCGUGGUUCGCAAGUGCGCAGGCGCGCGCGGCCUUCCGCGCAUGAGCAGUGCUGCUCAGAGCCCGCCAGCCACGGUCUCGGGCGCCAGCUACGCCGCUGCCGCUGUCACUAUGGCCCAUUACAAAGCCGCCGACUCGAAGCGGGAGCAGUUCCGGAGGUACUUGGAGAAGUCGGGGGUGCUGGACACGCUGACCAAGGUAUUGGUAGCCUUAUAUGAAGAACCAGAGAAACCUAAUAGUGCUUUGGAUUUUUUAAAGCAUCACUUAGGAGCUGCUACCCCAGAAAAUCCAGAAAUAGAGCUGCUUCGCCUAGAAUUGGCAGAAAUGAAAGAGAAAUAUGAAGCUAUUGUAGAAGAAAAUAAAAAACUGAAAACAAAGCUUGCUCAGUAUGAACCACCUCAGGAGGAGAAGCGUGCUGAAUAGGAGUCUUCUCAAUUGAAAAGACACUGACAAAAUGGUUUUGUAUGACUUGAAUAGUUUGUAUAGUAUAUAAUCUUUUCUGAACAGAUGCUAUAGAACUCUUUUAAUAUGUUGAAUUCACCUACCACACUUUAACUGUUAUAAACACAUAUACUUAGAAUCACCAAUAAAAACUCAAUAUAACUUUCUUUGGGUCUUAAAAGCAGGAGAAUCCAAAGUGAAUCCUGAAAAAAAAUCUAAACACAGCCAUCUAAUUCAUUAACUUAAAAGACAUUCUGUUUAUUAGUCUGACUAGGAAUGAUGGUACUGGUGGUAUUUUAGCCAAGGAAGUUCAGCAUGGAGCUGUUCCUUGGUUUAGUUCAGGAUAUGAGCACAGGUACCUUCAUUCUUUAAAAUGAAGCCGACACUGUUGUUUAUAUCCUCUGUAGGCAGCUGGAAAGAUGUGUGUGACAGAAGAUGCUUUUGCACGGGUUCCCAUGAAUCUUCUGCUCUUGUUUAUAUAACGUGGAACAAAUAACUCUUCUUUGCCACCACUCUGCCUUAGAUAACUGUGUGUGUGCCAGUGUGAACUCUGACACCACGUGUCCUUCUAUGCAAUCAUGCCCUACCUGAUAACGUUGCCUUGCUUUGCUCUGUGCUUCAGUGGGUCCUAGCUGCACAUUGGCCUGUGUUGUUUUUCGAUUUGCCAUACUAGCAGUUAUCCUGACUGUAAUUUAUAAUAACUUAAAGCAGGAUCACACUGUUCCCCUGCCUUACUUGUUGCUUAGCUGAGCACAGAACAGAGGCAAUCUAAAAUUCUGGGUUCAUGCACAAGCUGGGAUAAGAAGGGGAAUGAGCCAUACAUCGUGGAAAAUUAUAGUUUGCGGGUAUAAUUAUACAGUGCUUUUUCCCCCUCAAAGUAUUUUUCUAGCCUUGAAUUCAUUUUAUCUUCAUUAUCCCUGUGAAGUAGGUAGGGCAAGUAUGAGGGGAGGUUGGGUGCUGAAUUUUUAGGCCAAAGACUGAUAUUAAUACAAAUUAUUUACUAACUGUAGAACCUUGGGCACAUCAGUCAACUGCUCUGAGAUUCACUUUCCUCAUAUGUUAAAUGAGAAUAGUAUCUGUGCUGCCUACCUCACAGGGUUGUUGUGAGGGUCAAAUGGAAUGUAUGUGAAGAUCUGUAAAUGGUAAAGCACUAUAUUCUUGUU